AGGCUCCAGGGCUGUUGGCCGCGGCAGCAGGGAGCUGGGAAGCGAGAAGCCGGGAGCGCGGGGCUCAGUUCGGGGGCGGCGGCGGCGGCUCGGGGGAUGGCGGCGGCUCCGCUGCUGCUGCUGCUGCUGCUUCUCGUGCCGGUGCCGCUGCUGCCGCUGCUGGCCCAGGGUCCCGGGGGGGCGCUGGGAAACCGGCAUACGGUGUACUGGAACAGCUCCAACCAGCACCUGCGGCGAGAGGGCUACACGGUGCAAGUGAACGUGAACGACUACCUGGAUAUCUACUGCCCGCACUACAACAGCUCAGGGCCGGGCGGCGGGGCGGAGCAGUACGUGCUGUACAUGGUGAGCCACGCCGGCUACCGCACCUGCAACGCCAGCCAGGGCUUCAAGCGCUGGGAGUGCAACCGGCCGCACGCAUCCCACAGCCCCAUCAAGUUCUCGGAAAAGUUCCAGCGCUACAGCGCCUUCUCGCUGGGCUACGAGUUUCACGCAGGCCACGAGUACUACUACAUUUCCACGCCCACCCACAACCUGCACUGGAAGUGUCUGAGGAUGAAGGUGUUUGUCUGCUGCGCCUCCACAUCGCAUUCCGGGGAGAAGCCGGUCCCCACUCUCCCCCAGUUCACCAUGGGCCCCAAUGUGAAGAUCAACGUGCUGGAAGACUUUGAGGGAGAGAACCCCCAGGUGCCCAAGCUUGAGAAGAGCAUCAGCGGGACCAGCCCCAAGAGGGAACACCUGCCCCUGGCAGUGGGCAUCGCCUUCUUCCUUAUGACACUCUUGGCCUCUUAGCUCUGCUCCCUCCCUUGAUGGAGGAGACAUGGGGCAGGGCCCGGGCCCCAGUAGGGAGACUUUGGACUCCAAAGGAAGCCUAGCCCAGAGGCCUGGACUCCAGGGGCCUAGACCCCUCCUCCAAUGGCUGAAAGUGGGGUCUGCACCAUACAUCUGUGCCCGUCCCUUCCGCCCCCUCCCUCCACGUAGGUCACUGUAGUGGACCAGGCGCAGGGAUAGCCACAGGUCCCAGUGGCCUUGUGGCUGGGGUAAUGUUUGGUACCAAACUGGGGGGGCCAUAAAAGGCAGUGCUCAGGACUCCCUGCCCCCUGGUACCUUUCUCUGACCCCUGGUGCCCUCCCCUUUUGUCCCCCCAGAGAGACAAAUGUGCCCCAAAGAGAGCAAAUGGAAGCAUGGGAGGCACCUCAUUCCUCUCUUCCGGGGCAGAACACAGGGAGGGGACUAGAUGGGCGAGGGGGUGGCAUCACCCACUGCCCCCUACCCUGUUUACAGCAAUAAGCACGUCCUUCUCCCCCCACUCCCACUCCCAGGAUUGUGGUUUGGAUUGAAUCCAAGUUUACAAAUAGACACCCCUGGGGGGGCAGUGGAAAAGGGUGACAGGGGGUGGGCAUUGGGGUGCCAGGCAGGCAUGUACAGACUCUAUAUCUCUAUAUAUAAUGUACAGACGGACAGAGUCCCUCCCCCUCCUUAACCCCCUGACUUUCCUUGACUUCCCAUUCCAACUUCAGACCCCUUCCCCACCAGGCUAGGCCCCCCACUGGGGGACCCCCUGGCCCCUCUUUUGUCUUCUGUGAAGACAAGACCUAUGCAACGCACAGACACUUUUGGAGACCGUGAGACAACAAUGCCCCUUCCCCUCCAGCCCUGAGCCAGGGCCCAGCUCCCAGGACCUAACCCUGUCCAUCCUCUGUGGUCCCCACCCAUCCUCCUGGGCCUUUUUCAAGUGCUUUGGCUGUGACUUUCAUACUCUGCUCUUAGUCUAAAAAAAUAAACUGGAGAU